UUAGCUUAUAGUAUAGUUUAAAAUAAUUGUCAUUUGUCAUCAGUUUUGUCAUAAAAUUGAGAACAGUGAUUUUUGUGCUAUUUAUCUUUGAAAUUAAAUUGAUUCAAUUUGAAAAUGGUACUCGAAAGUACUAUGAUAUGCGUGGAUAACAGUGAUUAUAUGCGAAAUGGUGAUUUUCUACCUACAAGACUACAGGCUCAACAAGAUGCAGUAAAUUUGGUUUGUCAUUCAAAAACAAGGUCUAAUCCAGAAAACAAUGUAGGGUUAUUGACAUUAGCAAAAGUCGAAGUUUUAGCAACUCUCACAAGCGAUGUAGGAAGAAUCCUAUCAAAAUUGCAUCAAGUUCAACCAGAUGGUGAAAUAAAUCUUCAUACUGGGAUUAGAAUUGCUCAUUUGGCUUUGAAGCAUAGGCAAGGCAAAAACCAUAAAAUGAGAAUUGUUGUUUUCGUUGGAAGUCCAGUAGCCAGCGAAGAAAAGGAACUAGUUAAACUGGCCAAGAAAUUAAAAAAAGAAAAAGUUAAUGUCGAUAUAAUCAGUUUUGGGGAAGAUGGCAUAAAUUCUGAAGUUUUGACCACAUUUGUGAACACCUUGAACGGAAAGGUAAUUUCAAAGGAUGGUACAAGUAGUCAUUUGGUGACGGUUCCGCCAGGUCCCCAUCUCUCCGAUGCACUGAUCUCAUCUCCAGUCAUCCAAGGUGAAGACGGUACCGGAGCUGCAGGUCUUGGGGGUUCUGGAUUUGAGUUUGGAGUGGAUCCUAACGAGGAUCCUGAACUUGCUUUGGCCCUUCGUGUUUCUAUGGAAGAGCAACGUCAGCGCCAAGAAGAUGAGGCUCGCAGAGCUAAAGAAGCUUCGAAUGCAGAGACUGGCGUUAAAACAGAAACGAUUAAGGAGGAACCCAGUGAAGAGGCUAUGCUGGAACGUGCUCUUCUCAUGUCCAUGGAAGAGGGCAAUGAACAGACAGCAACGGCCAAUAGACCACCCGUCGAUUUCGCUAACAUGACCGAGGAUGAACAAAUUGCUUUUGCCAUGCAGAUGUCCAUGCAGGAUGCACAAGAGUCAUCGGAAAGUGCAGCGGCAAGUAAAGAAGAACCGAUGGAAGUUGAAGGAGACGAUGAUUAUUCUGAAGUCAUGAAUGAUCCCGCGUUUCUACAGAGCGUACUCGAAAACCUGCCUGGAGUGGAUCCUCAGUCAGAAGCUAUCCGUCAAGCCGUGGGCAGCCUUAAGGAUAAGAAAAAGGAAGACAAACCUGACGAAAAGAAGAAAUGAAGUAUCUACUUAAAUAUUAAUUGUGCUUUUAUAUGGGAAUUAUCAUAUUUUUUUUCAUUGUGUAGCGUAUUAUUGAUCUAUUACUUUAAUUACGUGUAAUUAGUUCUUGAAAUAAAAAUAGAAUAAUUGUAA